UUUGCUUCAGUGGAUUCAUACCUGCACAAAAGGUCCAGACAAACGGCAGAAACCAACUCUGGUCCAUUUAAAGUGGACCAAAUGUGUCAUGAUUGAAUACAAUAAGUCUCAAAAUUUUUGCUGAUGAUUUUUAUGACCAUCCAGUUUUUUAUUAUUUUUAAAACAUGGAGAAUGUGUAGGGUUGGAAAAGUACCAAAAUCUGACUUUUUACACAACUAUGUAAAAAGUUGUGUAACAUGAUUAUGGAUCAUCAUGUUUCAAGGUUAUUCAAACAUAAUGAUCCAUAAUUAAGUUGUUUCUGAUGGCUUCCAUGUCAGUUGACCAAGAUCAGGCUUUUCCUAAUUGUUUAAAUACCAAGUAUAUUUAGUUAAAAGAAAGUCGUAAAAAAAAUCCUAUAAAGUCUUUUUAUUUUGGCAUUUAGGAAAGAGACGUAAUGUUUGUUAAACAGUAAAUGUUUAAUCUUAUUUGAUGUCAGUGGGAAAAAAGGAAUGUGGAUUACUGGUCUUUAUUGUCAUUUGCAUGCUGCUUUCCAUACAGAAGAAGAAAAGCAAGUAACUUAAGACGACUGUCACAAAACAUCCACUACACACCAUUCAGAGACACCUUUAAACACGCUUUGCACAGCUACUGUAACAAAAGUUUAAUUCAGAAGUUAAUUUUUAGUAGCCUCUAUUAUUGCUGAACACAGGACUCAGGAAACAUAAGCUUCAUAGCAGCCAUGGAAAAUGUCAUAAAGCUAAUGAUUCUUGCAGGACUUUGUUCUCUUUGUCUCUGUGUGUAUCAGUACCAAUAUGUCUUAUUCCACACUCCAAAAACCUGGACGGAGGCGCAGAGCUACUGCAGGGAAACGUGCGUUGACCUGGCCACCAUGGAAGACAUGAAUGAGAUGGAUAUGGCUCUUCAAAGUGUUGGAGAUGACUACAGUGAUGCCGUAUGGAUUGGGUUGUACAAAGGAAGCAACCCAAAGUGGCACUGGUCUAUAGCAGACAAAGAUUUCUACAAGGAUGGAGAAGAAAAUUAUCUAAUAUGGAGCUCGUUAGGUGUCGACAACUGUGGUGGUUACGAUUCUGGAAAACUUUUUACAGUCUCUUGUCCUGUUACCAGAUAUUCAGUCUGCUUUGAUAGUUCAGAACAGGGAGCAGCUCAGUACAUCCUCAGACCAGUGCUGACGAAUUGGACCACUGCUCGAGAUUUCUGCAGAAGAAAUUACACAGACCUGGUCAGCUUGAGGAAUGACGCAGAAUACACGACAGUCCAGGAAGUAGCCAAUGGAAAUUCAGUAUUUGUUGGUCUCUUCAGAGACCCCUGGGUUUGGUCAGACUUGACUGACUCCUCUCUGAGGUACUGGAGGCAAUCCCAAGUGGUAUAUCCAAAAAACAGUGAAUAUUGUGUAGCUUUGCUGAAGAAUGAAUCUGGUAAAUGGGGAGACAGGAAGUGCACAGAAAUGCAGCCUUUCCUCUGCAAAUGCAAAAAAUCUAAUCUGCAGAUUGUGAAACUGGGGAUCAGCCUGCAGGACUCAACUUUAGAUCUGAAUGACCCUACAGUGCAAAACAGCAUCUUGGAGCAAAUGAAGCAAAGGCUGAGUGAAAAUGUGAAUGAUGUCAUCCAUGUUAACUGGAAAAAACACUCAGAUGGAAGAGUUUUCAUCAAGGAAACAGAGAAACACAACCCAUGAGAGGAAUACAGCAGGACUGCUAAGAUUCUGACUUGAAGAUGUAAAAGCCCACCAACCAGGAUGGAAAAAAAACUUUUAGCUGUUGCUGAAAUCUAUAGAAAAUUAAUGAAGAGCAAAUGCUGGCACCUCUGACAACCCCUCUGAAGUUUAGUGUAUGGAGACCAACACCAGACAUUGUUGAACUUCCUUCAGGUUAAGCAACUGUUCCUUUCUUUUUUAUGCAUUUUAAUGGGAAAGGAACAUGUUCACCACUUUACACAACACAAGAAAAGUGAAUAAACUCUCCAUUGUUGCAGCUACUGCAGUGUUUCAAACUGUCAGCAGCCAUAUUGGAUUUUGAUGAAGGGGUUGAUGAGAUGACCUUCGAGUUUAAUUUUCCUGCUAGGAAUUUUUAGUUGGAUGUUUUGCUAC